ACUCAGCCGCACUUGAAGUAAAGGAAGGAACUCAUUCAAAACAAUGGAAGGGGAAUGCAAGGUAGUACUGGACGCAGCUGUCAACACAGAAGCCAGGACACAGACACUGCGAGUCAAACCCAGCUCAAAGCUAACCACAGCCCUGCUGGUUUUCACACUCUGCCUCGCCACUGCUGCUGCUGCUGUCCUCGUCCUCAACAGGCAUGCCGAGGGCUCAGGAGAAGAUGAAGGAACUGAUCUUCGCCACACAUUGAGGCAAAUUUCAAAUGUCAGAGCGGCCAUUCAUUUAGAAGGAGACUACAACCCUGACAGGAAAACCUCAGUGGAAUGGAAUAAUGGGGUGGACCAGUCCCACUUUCAAGGAGGGCUAGAACUCAACAACAACGAAAUUGUGAUUCCUCAAAAUGGCCUCUACUUUGUUUACAGCCAAGCAUCUUUCCGGGUUGACUGCAUCAGCGAUGCUGAUGACACCACCUCAAAGCCCAUGGUCCACCUGAGCCACACUGUGAAGCGCUGGUCCAGCUCAUAUGGGGGGGACGACACCAACAAGUCCUACCAGACCAUCCUGCACUCUGUCCGUACUGCCUGCCAAAUGAAAGCCAGCAGCGACCCGGACGAGGAGCGGAGCUGGUUCUCGGCCGUGUAUAUGGGAGCUGUGUUCAACCUGAUGAAAGGGGACAGACUCAAGACGGUAAUGGAAGAGAAGAUGCUGCAGAGCCUGGAGGAUGAGCAAGGGAAGACUUUCUUUGGUGUGUUUGCCUUGUGAGAACAGGUGACUGAGGGCAACAAGUGAAGAUAUGAAUGUACAUGUAGAAGGUUUACACUGCACUAAACAGUCAAUGGGACAUUGAGUAUACAGUAGAUUUUCCAUGCAAAGUUUUAGCAACACAUUUCAAGUUUGCAAGUAAACCAAUCUAUGUCAUCUGUAGAGCUUUAAGAGCUCACUGUAAUUUUACCAUAGGUACCUCUAUGGAUCAAUAAUGUUAUGUACUAUGUACUUCUAUCUUUUGCUGUACUGCAAUGCUCAAGCUGCCAUUUGUACAAAUGUAGACCUACUAUAACUACUGAGUAUUUAUUGUGUCACUACAGGCUGACAGAAGUGUAUUCUAAAGUGUAUGUAUUUAUUCAACUUAACAAUAUAUUUAUUUAAUUUUUUGUAUCUAUUUAUUGAUUGUGUGUUCUCAUUCACAACUGUA